AUGGAAUUUCUAAAAUUGUUAUUACAUAUCGGCCUAAUAUUGGCUAUUAUAACGGACUUUAGUAUCACUGAAGAUUCAAAAAUCAUCUAUCGUUUACCGGAAAAUGCAAAACCACUUCACUAUAACAUCAGGCUGAUCACGCCUCUCGAGGAAGGCAAUGAUAUCUUUCACGGUGAAAUCAGUGUCAUUAUCGACAAUCUUUACGUAACGUCAAGUAUAAGCUUACACUCGCAAGAUUUAGAAAUAAAUAUAACGACAACAACGCUGAUUAAUAGCAAUGGUAACAUCUAUGAACCGAUAAAAUAUACUUAUGACAAUAUAACGAAUAUAUUGACGUUUUCUUUCGACCAUAAAUUGGAUCGCGCUAUUUAUACCCUGAACAUGACGUUUGCUGGUAAUUAUUCUAAAAGUGGUUACCACAAAAGUGGCUUUAUAAAAAUUCCGUACAAAGACGAGGGAGUAGACAGCAUAUUGGCUGCAACGUUACUCGAGCCAAAUAAUGCCAGACGAGUAUUUCCGUGUUUGGACGAGCCAGCGUUAAAAGCUACCUUCAACGUCUCCGUGAUGCACCAUAAGAAAUUCAGGGUAUUGUCGAAUAUGCCGAUGCAAAAGCGGUACAACGGACAAAAUUCAGUCAUAUCAGAAAAUGGCAUGGUGUGGACGCACUUCAACACUACUCCCGUAAUGUCCACUUAUCUCGUGGGGAUUGUGAUUGUACCUAAUAGUUUUAUUCGCAUUCGAAGAUCCCCGAAAACCCUGACCAUUAGUGUGUGGUGCAAACCGUCAUUGGAAAUCCAAGCAAGAUUCGUGCAUAGUAUGGCCGAAAAGGUCACGCCGCUCUUGAUCGAAUAUACCAAUAGUUCCGAAAAGAUACCAAAAAUGGACCAUAUCAUAGUACACGAUUAUCCGGCCAACGGCAUGGAAAAUUGGGGACUCAUCAUUUAUAACGAAAAAGAAGUUAUCUACAAUGGUAGCACAGAUCCCACAUUUCGGAGAAAAGAAAUAGCGCUGUUAAUAACACAUGAACUUGUACAUCAGUGGUUCGGCAAUUUAGUCACCCCAUCUUGGUGGUCCUACGCGUGGAUGAGCGAGGGAUUUGCUACGUUCCUCGAGGCGUAUUUCAUCAAUAAGAUUCAUGAAGACUGGCGGAUAAUGGAUUUCUUUGUAGUUCAGAGCUUGCAGGAAUCUCUAACUUUUGAUGUUGGCUUUUUAAAUUCUGUUACAUUGCAACUUGAUGACGUUAACUUUGAAAGAGUCAACAUCUUUAAUGCUGCAGUUUACGAAAAAGCGCCAGCUCUAUUACGCAUGUUAUACCAUGCAGUGGGCGACGAAGUAUUUCGAAAAGGUAUCAUCAAAUAUUUCGAAGCAAAUCAGUUUGGAUCGGUUACUCCCGACGAUUUGUGGAGCGCCAUGCAAAGUGCUCUAGAGGAGGCCCCUUAUAUCCCUUAUAUGCAACAACAAGAUUCCAAAAUAAAAGAAGUGAUGGAUACGUGGAUGAACCAAGAAUUUUAUCCUGUGCUAAACGUGACGAUAAAUUACGCAACUGGCGAAGUGGCAAUAACACAAAAAUGUGUCCGCAAUGUCCGCGCUACAGAAAGUAUCAAUAAUAAAUGGUGGAUACCCAUGACUUACGCCGACCAGAGCAAUUUGGAUUUUUCCAAUACUAUGCCUAAUAAUUGGUUAGGACCAGAUCAAACUAGUAGAGUGGAAAUUAGUACAAAAAAUUGGAUUAUCGUCAAUGUACAACAAACUGCAUACUGUCGUGUCUAUUACGAUAUCAUAAAUCUGGAAAGAAUCAUAAGUUACUUGAAUUCUGAGGAAUACACGAACAUACACGUUCUCAAUCGUGCUCAAAUUAUCGAUGAUACAUUUGCCUUUUUGCUGGAAGAACAACUAGAUCUCUCCGUAUUCAUGGAUCUUAUAAGUUACCUAAGUCGUGAGAGAGAUUAUGUGGCAUGGCGUCCAAUGUUCCGAAUUUUAGCACGGUUAUCGAAUUACUUUUUACUGCCAGAAAGUAAAAAAUUCAAGUCACGCAUGGUAGGAAUCUUCGAUAAGCUUCUUCAGCAUGUGGGAUACGAAGAAGAUUUCAAUGAUGACGAUAACACAAAGAUAGUACGGCUAGAAGCCGUGAAAUGGGCAUGUACCUUCGGUCACGCGGAAUGCAAAAGAAGAGCCGCCGUAAAAUUGAGCGAACAUCUCGCGGAUCCUGAUACUCACAAACAUAAUUUCAGAGUUCUACAUUGGUGGCGCGAUUGGACGUACUGCUUUGGUUUGACCGUGGCUACUAGGACUAAAUGGGAUAAAAUGAUGGAAUUAUAUCAGCGAACACUUGAUAAGCAAUUUUGGAAAAUAUUGAGCUGCGCUGAAGAUUCUGGCAUUAUUAUCAACUAUUUGAAUAUUACAGCAUCGAAUACUACAUUAUUCAACGAUAUCGAGCAUGCUUCUAUCUUCAAGAUCAAUCUUGAAAACCAUGCACGCAAUGAUUUGGUUCUUGACUACAUAUUAGCAAAUUUUGAUAAUAUAAAACCUAAAUUACUUCCUACAAGUCUAACGAUAAAGAAUAUUAUUUUGAAUGUUUUUUCUAGCGAACAAACGUCUAAGAUAUUUGAAGACUGGCGGACAAUGGACUUUUUCGUUACUGGGGCCAUACACGAUUGUCUCCAUUUAGAUAUUGGCUUAUUGGAUUCUGUUACAUUGAACCUUCACGAUACCUUGGAUAAUGACAUUCUCUUUGGUGAUGAAGUUUAUAAAAAAGGCAAUACGGCGGUCACUCCCGAUGAUUUUUGGAGCGCCAUACAAAGUGCUAAAGACGAAGCCUCUUGGGUCUCUCAUAUGCGAGAUCAAAGAUUCAGAAUAAAAGAAGUGAUGAAUACGUGGAUAAUCCAAAAUCGUUAUCCUGUGCUGAAUAAAUUACAAAACUGGUGA